AUGGGUGAAGAAAGCUUGAAGAGAAGAAAAGGAGAGGACAAAGGAAGAGAGGACAGACAAUCCAUCCAGAGUCAUGAGCCCCAAACGAUGAACCUACAGAAGCAGGUGGGCCUGAUUAGUGGAAUCUGUAUGAUUGUGGGUACCAUUAUUGGCUCAGGUAUCUUCGUUUCUCCAAAAUCAGUUCUUGCCAAUGUGGAAGCUGUGGGUCCUUGUUUAACCAUCUGGGCAGCCUGUGGAGUUCUGGCAACAUUAGGUGCACUUUGUUUUGCUGAGCUUGGUACAAUGAUCACAAAGUCUGGGGGAGAAUAUCCUUAUCUCAUGGAGGCGUUUGGGCCAAUUCCAGCCUUUCUGUUCUCUUGGACGAGCUUGCUGGUCACAAAACCCAGCUCCUUUGCCAUCAUCUGCCUCAGCUUUGCAGAAUAUGCAUCAGCUCCUUUUUACCCAGGCUGUGACCCACCCCAGGCAGUCAUCAAGUGUCUGGCAGCUGCUGCUAUUGUGGUAAUUACAAUUGUGAAUUCAUUGAGUGUGAAGCUGGGAAGUUACCUCCAGAAUUUUCUCACAGCUGCUAAAAUGAUCAUUGUCACAAUCAUUAUUGUAAGUGGAAUUGUUCUCCUUGCACAAGGAAAAACAGAUAACUUUAAAGAUUCUUUCAAGGGCAGUAAAAUUUCUGUUAGUUCUAUCAGUUUGGCAUUUUAUAAUGGACUCUGGGCAUAUGAUGGAUGGAAUCAACUCAAUUACAUCACAGAGGAACUUAAAAAUCCAUACAGAAAUCUGCCACUGUCUAUAAUUAUCGGAAUCCCCUUGGUCACAGUUUGUUAUGUUCUGAUAAAUGUUUCCUAUUUCACUGUGAUGACUUCAACAGAGCUCCUGCAGUCCCAAGCUGUUGCUGUGACAUUUGGGGACAGAGUCCUUUAUCCAGCCUCUUGGAUAGUUCCUCUCUUUGUGGUAUUUUCCACACUUGGAUCUGCCAAUGGCACCUGUUUCACUGCAGGCAGACUUGUGUACGUUGCAGGUCGUGAGGGGCACGUGCUGAAGAUUCUGUCCUACAUCAGUGUCAAGCAUUUAACACCAGCACCUGCCAUUAUAUUUUAUGGGGCCAUUGCUAUUAUUUAUGUUAUUCCUGGUGACAUUAAUUCCCUCAUAAAUUACUUCAGUUUUGCAGUCUGGAUAUUUUAUGGUUUAACUGUACUUGCACUAAUUGUUAUGAGGUUUACAAGGAAGGAACUCAAGAGACCUAUCAGGGUCCCCAUCAUCAUUCCUGUCAUAGUGACACUGGUGUCAAUUGUGCUGGUACUGGCACCAAUCAUCAGUGCACCUGAACUGCCCUAUUUGUACUGUACUUUAUUUAUACUUAGUGGACUUAUAGUUUAUGCACUUUUUGUUCAUUUAAAAUUCAGAUGGGCACAAAAAAUUUCAAAGCCCAUCACUAUGCACCUCCAGAUGCUUUUGGAAGUCGUUCCAGAAGAAGAUGUUCCUGAAUGA